AUGCGGCGCGCGAUCCUGCUGCUGCUGGCGGCGCUGCUGGGUGCUGCUGCCGCGUGCCCCUGGGCCUGCUCGUGCCGCCCCAACGCGGCAGACUGCGCCCACCGCGCGCUGCUGCACGCGCCUAGGCGGCUGCCCACCGACGCGCAUCGACUAGACCUUCAAGGCAACAACAUCAGCAUCAUAUUCCAGAGUGACUUCCAGAACUUGAAAGACCUCAAAAUAUUACAAUUAUCUGAAAACCAAAUCCACACGAUAGAACGGGAUGCCUUUCUGGAGCUAAAUGCACUCGAACGCCUGGACCUAAGCCGGAACGAGCUGACUGCGAUCAGUCGGCGAACCUUCCGCGGUCUGACAGCGCUGAAGAGUCUCCACCUGGACGGAAACCAGCUCAAGUGUAUCGACGAGAAAGCGCUGGAACACCUUAAGAGUUUAGAAGUGCUGACCCUGAAUAACAACAAUCUAACGUACUUGUCGUUGGAGGCGGCGUCGGUCGCACGUCUGCACACGCUGCGACUGACGGACAACCCGAUCGUCUGCGACUGUCGUGUCGCGCGUUUGUCGGCGGCUGUACGCGCUGCUGGCAUCCUCGGAGUUGGAGCGAGAUGCCAGGCUCCCGUUGCCCUCAGAGGUGCACUUCUCACGGAACUCGAAGCACACGAGCUAAUAUGCAAUGGUCCCACAACGACGGUAAUCGCGGAGUGUUCGGCCGAGCCUCGCUGCCCGCCGCCCUGCAGGUGCUCGCCAGACGGCACUGUCGACUGCCGCGAAAAGCUCCUCACAGAUCUGCCCAGCAUCCCGCACAGAGCCACUGAGAUUCGCCUAGAACAGAACGAGAUAACGGAAGUGGGAGCCGGCGCGUUCUCAGCAGUGAAGAGAGUCGCUCGCAUCGAUCUGUCAAACAACAAGAUUUCCAAGAUGGCCGCCGAUGCCUUCAACGGACUAACGCAUUUAACUUCUUUGGUUCUCUAUGGGAACAAAAUUAAGGAUCUUCCUUCUGGAAUAUUCCACGGUUUAACAUCGCUACAACUCCUGUUACUUAACUCAAAUGAAAUAACUUGCGUCCGUAAAGAUACGUUUCGAGAUCUACAGAGUCUCAAAUUAUUAUCUCUGUAUGACAACAAUAUCAGAUCAUUACCAAAUGGAACUUUCGAUUCGUUAACUGGAAUCCAGACUUUGCAUCUAGGUCGCAAUCCCUUCUCCUGUGAUUGCUCGUUGCGCUGGCUUGCGGCGUAUCUACGCAAGAACCCCAUAGAAACUUCUGGUGCUAAAUGUGACUCCCCAAAGAGAAUGAACAGAAAAAGAAUAGAUGCGUUAAGAGAAGAGAACUUUAAAUGUAAACCUGGCGAAGAAUCAGCAGAAGCCUGUGGCGAUGAGCCCCCAUGUCCGGAUAUGUGCGCGUGCUCGCGCGCGUUAGUCCGCGGAGUACGGGUGGCGUGCGCACGUGCUCGCUUAUCCGACGUGCCCCGCGACUUGCCCAUCUCUACUAUCGCACUCAUCAUGCCAGACAACAAUUUGGGUCAAAUCAAAUCAGAUGGUCUAUUUGGGAGACUGCCGGACCUCACUAAACUGGACUUCAGAAAUAAUGGUAUAACAGUGAUAGAAGACAACGCUUUUGAUGGUGCAGCGUCCAUACAGGAACUAUUGUUAGACGGGAAUUUGCUCCAAACCGUCACAGACAAAAUGUUCUUUGGCUUACAUAGUCUUAGUACUUUAUCACUGACGGAUAACAAAAUAAGAUGUAUCACGCCGGGGUCCUUCGAUCAUCUCAACAUGCUGACCACUUUAUCACUCGGCAACAACCCCCUACACUGCACGUGCCACAUAUCGUGGGUGCCCAACUGGUUGCGCAACCGUCGCCUGGCGACCGGCGCCGCGUGCGCGUUCCCCGCCGCCCUGAGGGGAACCGAGGUGCAGCAUUUGGAGGUUGCCGACUUCAAGUGCACAUCGGAGGAUAAAGGCUGCCUCCCACAGGACUACUGUCCCGCGGGCUGCUCGUGCGCCGGCACGGUGGUGCGCUGCGCGCGCGCCAAGCUCACCGCGCUGCCCGCCAGGAUACCGCCUUACACAACUGAACUAUAUCUGGAAUCCAACGACAUAACCAGCAUUUCGGCUGACCAGCUCCGACAUCUCACCCAACUGACUCGUCUGGACCUAUCCAACAACAAGAUCAGCGUGCUAUCCAACAACACUUUUGAAGCCCUCACUAAGUUAUCCACACUUAUCGUCAGCUACAAUCGACUUAGAUGUGUGCAGCGAGAUGCCCUCAAAGGCCUCACUCAGCUCCGUGUCUUGUCUCUCCACGGCAACAACAUCUCGAUGCUGGCUGACGGGGUCUUCAGGGACCUGGAAUCUAUUUCUCACGUUGCCCUGGGCUCCAACCCGCUGUACUGCGACUGCCGAGCCCGCUGGCUGUCCGAGUGGGUGAAGGUGGCCGGUGAAUACGUGGAAGCGGGCAUCGCGCGCUGCGCAGAGCCACCCCCCAUGAGAGACAAGCUGGUGCUAAGCACGCACUCCGAAGCCUUCCUGUGUAGAGGCGACCCCCCGGCUGAAGUGGUGUCGAAAUGCGAUCGCUGCUACAAGAACCCCUGCCUCAACCGCGGGGUCUGCUCCGCUACAGCGUCUGGUGGUUACGCCUGCGCGUGCGCACGUGGUUUCCAUGGUGACACCUGUCAGCACCAGAUAGAUGCCUGCUAUGGUUCACCCUGUGCUCAUGGUGUCUGCCAACUGCUGGAAGAGGGACGGUUUAGUUGCGCGUGCCACGCAGGCUACACGGGCGUGCGUUGCGAGGUCAACAUCGACGACUGCCUCGCGCACCGCUGCCAGAACAACGCCUCCUGCAUCGACCACCUCGAGGGCUACACCUGCAAGUGUGCGCCUGGCUUUAUGGGCGAAUUCUGUGAGAAGAAAAUCCCCUACUGCAGUUCAGAGUUCAACCCCUGUGCCAACGGAGCUACCUGUGUGGACCACAUCAGCCACUACACCUGCUCGUGCCCUAAGGGCUACUCAGGGCAGAACUGCACUAUCAACGCUGAUGACUGCAUCAACCAUAUGUGCCAGAACGGGGCGACGUGCGUGGACGGGCUGGACGAGUACCGCUGCGCGUGCACGCCGGGGUACGCGGGCCGCUACUGCGAGGCGGCGCCGCACGCCGCGCUCGGCACGUCCCCGUGCGCGCACCACGACUGCGUGCACGGCGUGUGCUACUUGGCGGUGCACGAUGACAUUAUGAUGGACCGGCCGCUGCUGGCGCCGCCUGCCGACUACCUAUGCAAGUGCGCGCCCGGCUACUCCGGUCGUCUGUGCGAGUACCUCACAUCACUCACGUUCAACCACAACGACUCUUUGGUCGAGUUGGAACCACUACGCACAGUUCCACAGGCCAACGUUACUCUUGUGUUCAGUACUAAACAAUUACAUGGAGUACUCAUGUAUUUCGGCGACAAUGAGCAUUUGGCGGUGGAGCUGUUUAACGGCAGGAUUCGCAUCAGCUACGAUGUCGGAAACCACCCUACUUCUACCAUGUACAGUUUCGAAAUGGUCUCGGACGGUAACUACCACAAGGCGGAACUUCUGGCCGUCAAGAAAAACUUCACACUACGCGUUGAUGAUGGCCCCGCGAGAUCUAUCAUCAACGAAGGCAGCAACGAAUACUUGCGUCUGGAACGACCGAUGUUCGUGGGCGGGGUGCCGGAGGACGUCGCCAGGGACGCGUUCAGCAAGUGGCAUCUGCGCAACAUCACCAGCUUCAAAGGUUGCCUGAAGGAAGCGUGGAUCAACCACAAGCGCGUGGACUUCGUGAACGCCGCACGCAGCGUGCGGACGGGUGCGGGCUGCGGUGCGGGCGACUCUCACUCCGCACAGACGCACAGUGCGGCGCCGCUCGUUCCGCACGCGCUGCAGGAAGACGGCGCACAUGAGCCGGACCCGUGUGUACCCAACCCCUGUGCUCGCGGGGGUCGCUGCGUGAGAGAAGCUGGAUCCAGGUCUGACUACACGUGCCGUUGCAGAGCUGGUACUGCUGGAGCCCAGUGUGAACUACGCACUUCUAUCGGCGGCGCCCCCGUCAUAACUCAAGGGAAGUUACCGCCGCGCAAACUGAUCAUCAGCAACGUGCAAGCAUCGCCAGCCGCGCCGCCACAAAAACAGUAUCCUGAAGAAACUCCUGCGCAGCCACCACCCAACGGACCGGCUUGUCGAAAAGAGGCAACCCGCGAGUUUAUCACAGAAGGCUCGUGCCGAAGCCGGCGCGCGGUGCGAGGCGCGCGCUGCUUGUCCACCAGCGGCCACUCGUGCGGCAAGGCCGCCUGCUGCGCGCCCAGGAAGACCAAGAAGAGGAAGAUCCGCCUGGUCUGCGCGGACGGCACCCGCUACACCAAAGAUAUAGAAAUAGUAAGGAAAUGCGCCUGCGGCAAGAAAUGUCCUAGGAACACGCCCUUCUUGCAUUGAAUCCAUACAAGCGCACCAUACAAGUGUAAUGUACCAUACAAAUAAGUACCUAAGUAUUAUAGUAGCUAUCAUACAAAUAUAGGUACUCGUAUUCAUAUACAAUUAACAUACAAUACAUGUAUUAUGCGUAGUAAUAUAUCUACCAUACAAAUACAUCCAAUCUUAUAAUCCAAACAAAAAUAUGAGAGACUGUUAAAACAUAACAUAUGAUGUGUACCUAACAUCCAUUUUGAAUAGUGACCAUUCAUACAAAUAAUUCAUAAUUACAUUAUAACCAAUUUAUAAAAACGAUCAACGAAAUCCCAAUAGACAAUAAUCCUUCCCUUUUAUAAAAUUUCUUAAAUAUUUUAUUGCAUUUAAAAAAUAUACAAAAUUUAUAUAUAUGGCAACACCGACUAAGGGUUAUUUUUACCCCAUAUUAAUUUAUUACUACCCCAUGAAACACCGGCCUAAUUCACAAUAUUUUUUAACGUUUAAAAAGUUUAAUUCAAUCAUGUAAAUGUAGUCUAAAAAUAAUGAAAACAAUACAAAAAAUAAAUAACCCUAUACUAAUCUUUAACGCCUAAAAAUGAUUUAUUAAAAAAAGACGACCUAAUAACAUCAUAUUUAGACCUCGAUUUUAUAGAGAUUUUGUAUGUACGAAACCCGUAGACCUAAUAAUAUACCCCAUUAGACUAUAAUAUGUUAAGAAAUACCAUAGUAACACUUAAAACAUGAAUAUACUUCAAAGUUAAGGAUUUUUUGCAUUUACUUAUUAGCCAGCGUAAGCGAGGAGAUAGAAAUUUUAUUUUGUCGUGCCCGUCAAGUUAAAUUUGUCAUGCCCACCAGGUUGAAUUUGAAAUGACCUCAUAAUACAGCGUAAAUAGUUACGCGAAACAUUCUAACGGCCAAAAUUAAAAUCAUCUACCUGUAAUCUGUCGAUAAGUUACUUAGCAACGUUGUUAUUUGUCAAAAAUUGGUACGGCCGUUUUUGACAGAUGACAACGUUAUUAAGUAAAUUAUCGACAAGUUAAAGAUAGAUUGAGCAUUAAUUUUGGCCGUAAAUCAAUUCGAUCUAAUUAAUCUGUCGAUACGUUACUUAGCAGCGUUGUUAUUUAUUAAAAAACAUUUGUAUUUAUUGACAAUCAACAACGUCGCUUACGUAUACGACAUAUUACAGAUAGAUUGACCGAAAGUUGACACUAGGUAAUUGAGUUUCAUUCGUGGUGGAUAUUACGAUUAAGGUUUACGUACAUUUAUAUAAUAAGGGUAAGCAAUAAGUAAUAUUACCCUAAAAUAUGAUUUAUCCGUUGUAUAUUACUUGCCCUGGAGGCUAUUUUUCUCUUUUUUUAACUUUUUAUCCAUUGAUUUUUUUAUCGUACAAAGUUUUUUGUGAGCACAUUUUUUCACUCUAGCAACCCUAGCAUAUAGCUGUCAAAGAACUUUAUGCUAAUGCUCUUACAUUACAAUACAAUAAUUGAAAACAGUAUUUAGAACUGUUUAAGUUAUGUAUAAUUUUUAUUAAUGUAUCUUUGAAAAAAGCUUAGAAUUAUUAUUUUCUACAAAAUAAAUAAAACUUAAUUUAAAACUGCCAUGUAUUAAUAAUAAUAUGUAACACUGAUUUUAUUAUUUAAAAAAAACCUUAAACAAUAUUAUAUGUGUUCAUUUGAUGUACUAUUUAAUAAUAAUAUAAUUAUAUUUAUCAUUAUCUAGAUGUUUAUUAAGUAUGUUGUAUCGAUAAGUUAAUUUUAAGACGCCGAAGGUUAUUUUAAAAACUUUUGUAUUUUCUUAAUUUUUAUAAAAAGCAGAGUUCUUGCCAUUUUUCAUGUAAAAUUAAAAAUUAAUUUAAGCCAACAUAUCGAAUGAAAAAUUGAAUUCCCGCACAUCUAAUAUUCUGUCCAUCCGCACUAGGCCAUCUUGGUGGACAAUCCAUGGCCUAAACUGUUCUCUUUUUGAGAGUUGACUCGUGCUCUGUAGUGGGCCGGCGAAGGGACUUCACAUUCACAUUUUGUGGUUUUGCAUUUUAAGUUAGGGCUGAAAAAAAUUUGCAAACUAUAGUGUUGACGCGUCAGACUAGAGUUAAAACAAGAUAAAAGUUAAUGCACCGUCUCCAAUUCCUCAAAAUGCCUCAAUUCAAACCUAUGCCAUAUGAAAGCUUUUGGAGUACAAUUUAUUUUAUAGGCCAAGUCAAAAUUGAGCGCGAACAUGGUGUCUAAUUAAAUUACAUUUUGUUAAUUAAGUUACUAAUGCUUCGACUGUGCCGA